AAGUCUCUGAAGAUCACAGUGCGCAUUCUGAGGAACAUGAACCACAAUGAUCUUGCUGACUCACUGGAGAAAGAUGAGCAGAACAGUAAGAAUGAAUGUAUAAUAAGAGAGCAACAGAAACUGAAGACUGACAUGAAAAAGAAGUCUGAAUGCAUAUUUGAAGGUCUAGCAAAGCAGGGACAUCCAACCCUCCUCAAUGAGAUCUACACAGAGCUCUACAUCACAGAGGGGGGAAGUGCAAGGGUCAAUAAUGAACAUGAAGUGAGACAGAUUGAGGCAGCAUCCAAGAGACAAACCACACAAGAGACCCCAAUCCUCUGCAAUGACAUCUUUAAACCUUUACCUGGUCAAAACAAAGCUAUCAGAGCUGUGCUGACAAAGGGGAUUGCUGGCAUUGGAAAAACUGUCUCUGUGCAGAAGUUCAUCCUUGACUGGGCAGAAGGAAAAGCCAAUCAGGAUAUUCAUUUCAUUUUCCCUCUUCCUUUUCGAGAUCUGAAUUUGAAGAAAGGGAGAGAAUUCAGUCUGAUGCAACUUCUCCAGCUAUAUUUUCCAGAACUGAAAGAGAUGACCUGUGUUGAGAAUGAUGCAUUUAACACGAUGUUCAUCUUUGAUGGUCUGGAUGAGUGUCGACUUCCUCUAGAUUUCCAGAACAAUGAAAUCUGGUGUGAUAUAACAAAGCCAACAUCAGUGGAUGUGCUGCUGACAAACCUAAUAAACGGGAAUCUGUUUCCCUCUGCUUUCGUCUGGAUCACCUCCCGACCAGCUGCAGCCAAUCAGAUCCCUGAUAAAUGUGUCCAUCGGGUGACAGAGGUACGAGGGUUCAAUGACCCACAGAAGGAGGAGUACUUCAGGAAGAAAAUCAGUGAUCAGAACAUGGCCAAGAGAAUUAUCUCACACAUAAAGUCAUCUAGGAGUCUCUACAUCAUGUGUCACAUUCCAGUCUUCUGUUGGAUUUCAGCUACUGUUCUGGAGACAGUGUUGGGUGAAGCAUACAGUGGAGAAAUACCCAGAACUCUGACUGAAAUGUACACUCACUUUCUGCUCAUUCAGACUAAUGUGAAGAAUCAGAAGUAUCAUGGAACCACUGAGACAAACCCAAAGAAAAUGUCAGCAUCAGACACAGAAAUCAUCCUGAAACUGGGGCAGCUGGCUUUUGUACAUCUGGAAAAGGGGAAUCUGAUAUUCUAUGAAGAGGACUUGAAAGAAUGUGGCAUUGAUGCUAGUGAAGCUACAGUGUACUCUGGCGUGUGCACAGAAAUCUUCAAAGAGGAGUCUGGGUUGUAUGAGGAGAAAGUCUACUGCUUUGUGCAUCUGAGCAUUCAGGAGUAUCUGGCUGCCUUAUUUGUGUUUCAUUCAUUUGUAAACAAGAACAGAAAUGUACUCAGACCAGAUGAAUCAAAACCUCAAGAUGACAGAAUACCAUUGUUUGAGUUACAUUACAGUGCAGUGAAUAAAUCCUUACAGAGCAAGAAUGGGCACCUGGACCUUUUCCUCCGAUUCCUUCUUGGUAUCUCACUAGACUCUAACCAGAGCCUUCUCCAAAGCCUUCUGACACAGACAGGAAGCAGAUCACAGAGCAUUGAGGAAACGGUAGAGUACAUUAAGGAGAAGAUCAGAGAGGAAUCUUCAGCAGAGAGGACCAUCAAUCUGUUCCACUGUCUGAGUGAACUGAACGACAACUCUCUGGUGGAGCAAAUCCAGAAUUCCCUGAGAUCAGGAACACUUUCAGAUAAAAAACUGGAGCCACACCAAUGUUCAGCUCUGGCCUUUGUGUUACUGAUGUCAGAGGAGGUCCUGCAUGUGUUUGACUUGAAGACGUAUAACACAUCAGCAGCAGGCCAUCAGAGACUGUUACCGGUUAUCAAGUACUGCAGAAAGGCCAGACUGGACAGCUGUAAUCUCACAGAGGGGUCAUGUAACACUGUAGCUUCCGCUCUCCAGUCAGUCCCCUCACACCUGAUAGAGUUAGACCUCAGCUACAAUAAUCUGGGAGACUCAGGAGUGAAGCGGCUCUGUGCUGGACUGAAGAGUCCAAACUGUAACCUACAGAGACUGAGAUUGGAUUGCUGCUAUCUCACAGAGACGUCAUGUAACACUGUAGCUUCCGCUCUCCAGUUAGUCCCCUCACACCUGAUAGAGUUAGACCUCAGCUACAAUAACCUGGGAGAUUCAGGAGUGGAGCAACUCUGUACUGGACUGAAGAGUCCAAACUGUAAACUACAGAGACUGAGACUGGACAGCUGUAACCUGACAGAGACGUCAUGUGACACUGUGGCCUCCACUCUCCAGUCAGUCCCCUCACAUCUGAUAGAGUUAGACCUCAGCUGCAAUAACCUGGGAGAUUCAGGAGUGGAGCAACUCUGUACUGGACUGAAGAGUCCAAACUGUAAACUACAGAGACUGAGGCUGCCUGGCUGUAGAAUCACAGAGAAAGGAUGCACUUCUCUGACCUCAGCUCUGCAUUCAAAUCUCUCACACCUGAGAGAGCUGGAUCUGAGCUACAAUCACCCCAGGGACUCAGGAGUGAGAGCGCUCUCUGCUGGACUGGAGUACCCCAGCUGUAAACUGGAGACACUGCUUUUGGAGGAGUGUAAUCUCACAGGGGGCUGCUGUGAUGAUCUGGCCUCAGUCCUGCGUUCAUACCACUCAGAGCUUAGAGUUCUGGAGCUCAGAGACAAUGAGCUGCAGGAUUCAGGAGUGAGAGCGCUCUCUGCUGGGCUGGAGGACCCACACUGUAAACUACAAAGGCUAGGGCUGUCAGGCUGUCUAGUUACAGAGAGAGGCUGUGCUUCUCUGGCGACAGCUCUGCAUUCAAACCCUUCACACCUGAGAGAGCUGGAUCUGAGCUACAAUCACCCAGGGGACUCAGGAGUGAGAGUGCUGAAGGACCCCAGCUGUAAACUGCAGACACUGCUUGUGGAUCAUGGAGGAGAGAGCAGAAACAAACCAGGACCAAGACAGUAUGCCUGUCAGCUCACACUGGAUCCCAACACGGCGUACAGAAAACUGUGUCUGUCCGAGGGGGACAGGAAGGUGACAUGGAGGCCAGAGGAGCAACCAUACACCGAUCACCCAGACAGAUUUGACUCCUAUGAGCAAGUGCUCUGCAGAGAGGGUCUAUCUGGGACUCGCUUUUACUGGGAGGCUGAAUGGAGUGGGAAUGUGAGGAUUUUUUUAGCAGUAACAUACAAAGGAAUCCGCAGGAAAGGACGGGGUGUUGACUGUCUGUUUGGAGAGAAUACAAAUUCAUGGAGUUUGCGUUGCUCUGGUGGCCGUUUCUCUGUCCGGCACAAUAAUAAGAGCACAGACAUACCUGCCCCUCCUUCCCCCUCCUGCAGAGUAGGAGUGUAUCUGGACUGGCCAGCUGGCACUCUGUCCUUCUACAGCGUCUCCUCUGACACAUUGACCCUCCUGCACAGAUUCCACACCAACUUCACUCAGCCCCUCUAUCCAGGGUUUUGGGUUUGGAGGAACAACGCAGUGUCUCUGUGCCAGCUGGAAUAGAGUCCCCUGUC